GUCGAUGUCCGCUCCCGGCCGGCAGGAAGGACACACGACAAAGUCUGAAUGGAAAUACAAGAUCCAAAAAUGAACAGAGCCCUCCCUGCAGGUGCUGAGGACUACAGGCAGGAAUGCAAGGGCUUCCUGCCCAGCCAUGGUCCAGCUCCUGGGAAGCCUGUCCGGGUCAUAGAUGGGAAGACAUCCUUUGGAAUGCCGGUGUUCAACCUCGGCAAUGCCAUCAUGGGCAGUGGCAUCCUGGGGCUGGCAAAUGCCAUGACCCACACAGGAGUCCUCUUCUUCUUGUCCUUGCUGCUGUGCACUGCACUGCUGUCUUCUGCAUACAUCCACCUCCUGCUGACCUGCACUGGUGUAGGCAUCUGACCCUAUGAGCAGCUGGGACAGAGGGCAUUCAGGCCUAUGGGGAAGCCGGUGGUAGUGGCCACUGUCAUCUGUCUGUACAGUGUUGGGGCCAUGUUCAGUUACCCGUUCAUCAUCAGAUCUGAACUUCCUCCGGUUAUCGGCACCUGCAAAGAACCCAAGAGGGACUGGGUUUUGAAAGGAGACCACCUGAUCAUAAUUGUCAGUGUGUUAAUCAUCCGGCCCCUGGCUCUCAUGAAACACUUAGGUAACUGUGCUAUUUGGUAUACCAACAGCCUCUCUCUGAUCUGAAUGCUGUUUUUCCUCAUUUCAGUAUGUAUUAGGAAGUUCCAGAUUUUCUGUGGUCUAAACUGCAAUGAGACUGUAUCCUCAGACCUCCCCAGCCUCGGGCUCAACAACACCUUUGAGGCCCAAAUGUUCACAGUUGACUCACAGAUGACCUACACAGUACCCAUUAUGGCUUAUACCUUUAUCUGUCACCCUGAGGUGUUGCCCUACUACAUAGAACUCCUCAGGCCUUCCCAGUGCAGGAUGCAGGCCUUGGCCAGUGUUUAUACUGGGGCCAUAUUCUGCAUGUAUGGGCUCACAGCAACUUUUAGAUACAUCACCUACAGUGAGUGUGGCUGGGGCUGUGGGGGCAGGGAGGCUGUGAUGGGAGCCUCUGGGAUUUUCCCCUGGUCAUCUGGAAUCUGCCUGUUUGUAAAAGGAGGGUACUUCACAUGCAUAGAUUUUUGUCACUUCAGAUGUGGGUGUGGAUUUCUGAGCCACUGGCUCUGGUUUUCUUGUCACCUUCUGCAUUCUGUGUCCUCUGUCGCAUGGCCCAGGCAGCAUGAGGAGAUGCUGUACAUGUAUAGCCAGAAAGACCUGCUUAUCCUCCAUGUGCACCUUGUGGUGCUACUUGUGGUGACACUCACUGUGCCUGUUGUGCUAUUCCCUAUUUGCUGGGCCACGCACCAACUGCUCUUCCCCAGCAAGGCCUUCAGCUGGCCACAGCAUGUGGUCAUAGCCCUGUGCCUGCUGGUGUUGGUCAAUGUCCUUGUCAUCUAUGUGCAGAACAUCCAGGAUAUCUUUGGGGUUAUUGGGUCCACCUCUGACUCCUGCCUCAUCUAUAUCAUUCCAGGCAUCUUCUACCUCUGCAUUGUACCCUCUGAGGCAGAGGCCCUCUGCUCAUGGCCUAAGAUCCAGGCCCUGUGUUUUAGCAUCCUGGGGGUCCUCUUCAUGGCCAUUAGUCUGGGCUUUAUGUUUGCCACCUGGGCCACAGGAUAGAGCCACAUGGCUGAACACUGACCUGGUCUUUGGGCCCCAUGCGCAUGUGUGUACAUAUGUGGAGGGACUUGGGGCCACUCUCCAGGGUCCCUCCAGCACGGAGUGUGGACGUGGUUGGCCCCCAAGGUAUGGCUGUCAAAGUGGGGUGCAGCAGAAGCUGAAGAAUGGCAUGAUUUCCUCCUCCCCAGGGAUGCUGAGCUUGGAUCAGAGUCCUAUUCCCUAGUCCAUGGGAGGAGGGGGAGGUGAGGUCAGGUCCUUGGGGGUCCCUGCCCAGCCCAGUCCUGUCUGCCACCUGUUGGCUGAGGCCAUUUGUUGGGAUGACUCUUGUGCUGAAGGGAAAGAAUAAAGAUGUAGAAUCAUAACUCUGGCUUCUGAUAUUUUAUUAUUUUUUGUUUCUUUUUUAUUAGUAUACAUUUAUAGUAUAUAAUGAUUAUAUUCAGCUUUGGGAGUCACUAUAUGUACAUGACAUAUCUUAACAAUUCUUUUUUUAUCAUCUCCUAUAUUUUUGUACAUGUGGGUAAUAUGUAAUGAUCAUGUUCCUCACAGGGACUUGUUACAUGUAUGUGACACAUCAUAUUUCCCUUAUUUUUAAUCUCAUUUUCUUCCCCUUCCUCUUUCCUCUCUCUGUCUCUUGGUUCCCCUUCCAUAUGCUAAAUAUCCAUCUGUUAUCUGUCUUUUAUUGUGCUCUUUUUUAUAGUUUGUAGGUUUCUCAUGUAAGAGAAACCAUGUGAUAUAUAAGUUUAUCAUCUGAUUUAUUUCACUUAACAUUGGUCUCAAAGAUGCAUUUGUUUUCCUAUAAAAGACUCAAGUUUAUCCUUUAUAACAAAAUAGUAUUCCAUUGUGCAUAAAUAAAUUUUCUU